CGAGAUCAUAAAACCGCCGGCUGGGAGCGUAAAGUGCUCACUCCCAGCCUGACAGAGACUCGGUGGUGACUUGGUUCCUUUCUCCCUCUCAGCGCGUCGGUUUUUAACUGAUACACGUAUUUAUUGUGUCUCUGACACACCAGGGAAUCUCUGUGGCGUUCACACACCUCAAUGGCACUCGCUCCUUUGAGCUUCUCCUUUUUAACGGCAUAAAAUUCCCUCUGUAACAUCUGGGUUGCAAGUUUGGCGACUUUGACGCAUGGACUGUGCCAGGGCGCACGAUUUUAAUUAAGUAACGUUAAUUACAGAAAAAAUUAGAGACCGAUUUUAACAUUUUUUUUAAAAGUCGGUGUUGUUUUGAGGAUGCUGGUGUCUACUUGGAAUAGAUAUUGCGUUGUGAUGUUCCUCAUCGCCUCAGUGAAGACGGGGGCAUCCCAGGUAGAGGCGCGGCCAAAGGCGAACUCCAUCAAGCCUGCAGGCUUAGAAGAAACGCCAGCACCGGCUGCCAACCGCUCCGCUCCUGCCAUCAAGAAGCACCGCGUCAUUCCACAGCAGGUGUAUCCAUGCAGUAAUGACAAGGAGUGCAGCGUGGGCAGCUACUGCCACAGCCCUCAGCAGGCUCCAUCGCGCUGCCUCACCUGCCGCCGGAGGAAGAAGCGCUGCCACCGAGAUGCCAUGUGCUGCCCCGGGAACCGCUGCAGGAACUAUAUUUGUGUCUCCAUCUCUGAGAGCGUGCUUUCACCUCACAUCUCACCGUUGGAUGACCACAACGUACAAUCCACCAAAGACCACAGCUGGAGGAGAAAAGGGAAGGUACCAGUGAAAGGUCACGAGGGUGAUUCUUGCCUACGCUCUUCUGAUUGCUCAGAGGGCUACUGCUGUGCCCGACACUUCUGGACAAAAAUCUGCAAACCAGUGCUGAGGCAAGGAGAGGUGUGCACCAAGCAGAGGAAGAAAGGCUCUCAUGGCCUGGAAAUCUUCCAGCGCUGCGACUGCGCCAAGGGCCUCUCCUGCAAGGUGUGGAAAGACGCCACCUCCUCCUCCAAGUCCAGGCUCCACAUGUGCCAGAAGAUCUGAAGCCGAGGCAGCUGCCAUAGGCGUCGAGGGCUCUGUCUCCAUCUGCCACGGAAAGUUUUUUCUUCUGUUUUUUUUUUUAAAGAAUGGGUUGUAGCUGUGUUGAAAAAGGAGCAAAAGACAGAGACUAACCAGAGACAGAACACGAACUGCGUGGGUUCAAGCUCAGCGAGCAAAGAGCAAAUGGAAACGUUCUGAUGUGUUUUGCUGUGAGUGGUCCAUCCCUGCACUCAAACUUAAGCACGCGUUCUCAAAAACACAUGCGCACAUACUCCUCCCUGCUUCCAGACAGUAAUGAGCCUAAGCUGUACUUGUUACAAUAUAUUAGAUAAAUAAAUUUAUUAAACACUUUCAGGGAGCCACAGAGACGUGAGUGUGGAGUUUGUCUAGUUGGAGGCAACAAAUGUAGCAGCCUUUAAUUAAGCUAAAACCUUCCAUUUUAGAUCAACUAUAUAAAGCCAUAACGUUUACAUUCUUUACCAGCAUUUGAUUUGACACCUAAUAGAUGUUAUAUGUAAUUUUUAUAUGUAAAAUUGUCAGGGACUUAACUUUUUGUUCGAGCAAUUACCUAAAACCAGCUGCAUUCGGUGUCAAUGCGAAAACAUUUAACACCUAAUGCUCAUAAACCAAAGAAUAAAGGAACAUUUGAUGAGUUUCAUCUGGUUGCAUGAGCUUUUGACCUUGUUUUCAGCCAAGAGACCAGAGAUUAAGUAUUGUGUUUGCCUCGGAAACCUUAUUUGAUCUGUCAGAAGCAGCUGCGAUCGGUUGUGAUGCAAGCAUGAGUUACAAACUGACUGCUGCAGCUGCAGACGUACCGGUGCUGAGACCAGACAGAAAACGGAUCUGCUUUUCCAAUCAAAAAAACAAAACCCAAGGAUGUAAGAAACUACAAUUUAGUUUUGUUUCAGUCAGAAUGGAGACGUGGAAGGACUGAUUAGAAAAGUGCUCCAAAUAACUUGAUAUCUGCAGUCGACGGCACAGAGCCCUGUUUAUGACGUUGUGCUUUCUUCACAUGGAAUUCAAAUUUGUUCUGCAUGUUGGCUUGUUUUUUUUUUUGUGUCAAAACAGUGCUGUUCCUCCAAGCAAUCACUCAUUAUAUCACACGUGUCCUUUUUUGGCGGUAUUCAUUUGAUUCAAAAGCAUAGAGUGCUUAUUUUGUGUAGCCGUCUGCAAUGUCAACAAGCUUAUAUGUGUAAAUAGACUGAAAGCAAUGUAUUUAAGAUUCAAUGUAUAUUAUGUAUAUAUAAUAACAUAUGAAUCGUAACUGGUACAGUGAGAACAAGACUAUUGGAUUGGAUGAAACGUGUAGAUACGUAUGGAGGGAAUGCUUCCUUUAAACUUUUAAAAAUACAGAUCGUAAAUGAAAGAACAUUAAGUCCAGUUUAUGUCGUGUAAAUGGCGUGUAAAUGGUAUGAAGAUGUAUAUCCUACAAAAAAGUUACUUGUGUGAAUAUUUUACGUUGAUUUGAGUGUGUACAAUGAUGGAUGAAUAAAAAGAAUGUAUUUUGUA